UUUGAAUUCAUUCAUUGCCAGGGAUUUUUGAGCUUGGUAAAUUACUGAACCGCUACUGGACUUUUAGGUUAAGUCAAUUAUGUGGUGACAACAGCUGAUGUGAUGGUUGUCCACAAAGCAGUUCCAAAUUAAUUCCACAAAAAUGUCGAAGAUGAAGAUAAGGAUGAGACUAAUCAAUGUGAAUAAAGUGUGCAGGACUUGUUUAAGUGAACGCGGCCACUUGAGGGAAAUUUUCUCGACAAAAUUGCCAAAGAUGAUGGAAAAUUGUGCUUCAAUACAGGUUUGUGAGAACGAUGAGCUUCCGCCCCACGUCUGCAUCACCUGUUUUCACUUAAUCGCAAAGUUUUACACAUUCAAGAAGAAAAUGGAACGGAGCGAUCGAAUUUUAAGGACGUACUUGAAACAGAACAAAAUGAAACAAAAGGAUAUUUUAGACAUUGCCAUAAGUGAAGCCCAGAUUGAACAAUCCAAUAAUGACGAUCUUGGCGAUAUUAGUGAAGAAGACAUUCCGUUAAGUAAGCGUAAGGUGAAGAAAAGCCCACGUUUGUUACGUCAAAGUAAAGUAAAAGCGAACAAAAUAAUUGACGAUUUUAUAAAAGACAAUUCGGACUAUUCCAUCGAGUUUGUUAAAGUCGAAAACGACCAACAACCAAUCAUCACUGAGGGACCCCCACCUCUAGUCCCGCUUGAACCAACCAAAAAAAUCGACAGUACCGAAACACCAAUCACGAAAGCGCUACCAGACGACAACCCCCCACCACUAAUCCCCAUCAAACCAAUCAUUUCAAACGUAAUAGAAAACGCCCUCGAAAUCACAGUCAAUUGUACCAACUGCAACCAACAAUUCAAUUCCCUAACCGCGUUAAAAGACCACAAACUGAACGACUGCAAACAAAACAACCUCAAAUGCAACAUAUGUCGCAAGGAGUUCAAAGAGCGCAAACGCCUGAUUGGCCACUUGAAGGGCCACAUGGUCGUGAAAGACUACGGUUGCAAAAUCUGUGGUAAGCGAUAUCCGAACCCUAGUACAUUUCGAGUGCACAUGCGCACACAUACGGGCGAAAGGCCCUUCAAGUGCCAAAUUUGCAAUAAGGGUUUCGUGCGAUGGGCCGGGGUUGUAGGGCACAUGCGCACCCACCAAUCACACAAGCCCUACAAGUGCGAAACUUGCGGUAAAGGUUUUAAAAUAUCGUCCAAUUUGGAACGCCACAAAGUCCUUCAUUCUGAAAGUUUGCCCUACUGUUGCAACUAUUGCGGGAAGACAUUCAGCCAAUCGGAUAAUUUGCAAUUACACAUUCGGACCUAUCACACCAACGAACGGCCCUACCUUUGCAACGAGUGCGGGAAAGGGUUCGUCAGCUCCACUAGGUUGAAUAGACAUAUGUGGGUGCAUACGGGUUAUAAGCCGUAUCGUUGUAAAGCUUGUCCGAAGGCCUAUUCGAAUUCAAACGAUUUGAAAAAUCAUGAGAGGUACCAUUUGGGGAAUAGCAACGAAGGGGAUAAGCCCUACGUGUGUAAAGUGUGCGAGAUGAGGUUUUAUCAUCCUUGUAGGCUGAAUAAACAUAUGAAGACGCAUGAAAGACCAUUUUCGUGCUCGAUUUGUUUCAAGAGUUUUAAUUCGAAUGCGUUGUUGACGAAACAUUUGACGGGAAAAAAAAGUGUGCAUUUAGUGCAAGUGGAAGAGGUGCAGCAGGAUAAUGAGGGUGUUAAUCAAAUUUUCUUGGAUUAUUGAACAAUUUAGUUAUUUGCUCGAAUGAAAAUAGAAAUGUUAGCGUAACGAUGUAAAAAAAAAUUUACAUUUCAAAAUUGCAUUGUGGGUAAUGUGAUUGUCGACACAAUUGUAAUUAAUUGAAGGGUCGUAGAAAAAACAUUGUGUUGUACUCGUUAGAAAAGCUUUUUUCAUGCUCCUAGCGGCCUCGUGCAUGAAAAAUACGCUUUUCAACACUUGCAAAACAAACUAAUAUUUUACACUGUAAUUCUCAGUUUUCUUAUAUUUAAAGAUAAAUAAAUAAAUAAGUAAUUAAAUGUUUAUUAGA